AUGCUCGUCUCCCUGACGGUCGGCAAGGUUGACGCUGGCGUCACAGUGCUGCUGACCCCGGACAAGCGCUUGAUCGAGUUCCCUUCCAUUCUGCUGCCUCCCAACAUCUCCUCCGGUAGCAUCGUAGACAUCACGGUUGGCCGCAACGUCAGCAAGGAGGCUGCUGCGGAAGACGAGUUCCGUUCCCUCCAAGACCGCAUCUUCCAGUCCUUUGGCGCCUCCGAACCCGCCGCGCCCAUCCUGCGCUGCCGCAAUGCGACCCAAACCUCCGUCGUCCUGGAAUGGGACCCCAUCGAGCUCGCUACUGCCGACUUGAUGUCCCUAAGCCUGUAUCGCAACGGGCAAAAGGCCGGCAACAUCCCCCGGCCGCUGGAGAUGCACAGCACCAAGAUCAGCGGUCUGGCCGUCGACACCGAAUAUAGCUUCCACCUGGUCCUGCGGACGAGCGCCGGCACGCGGGCGAGCGAGAAGAUGGUUGUGCGAACCCACAAGAUGACGGACCUCAGCGGAAUCACCAUCACAACCGGCAUUCUGCCCGCGGCGACGAGAGAGAACCUGACACGUGCGGUGGAGCGCAUCGGAGCCAAGAUUGUCGACGGGGUGCGCAUCGACACGACGCACUUCGUCACCACCGAAGGCAGGGGAACGGCGUGGGAAAAGGCCGUCGAGAACAACAUCCCCGUGGUGCGGCCCGAGUGGGUGACGGCCUGCGAGCAGAACGGCCGGAUCCUCGGCGUCACCAAAUUCUACCUCGACGUCAUGCGGCCAGGUCCCCCCAGCGACGAUCAGCUGCCUCCUCCUCCCGCCAAAGACGUGCCUCCCAAGGACACACCACCGCGAGCGUCACCAUCGGCGCAAGAGGCAGCUUCUGAUAAGUCUCGAGACGGCAAAUCGCCGGCCACUACCCCGGUCAACGGAAAGAAAGACCACGAAGCAGAAGCAGAAUCGUCCAAAGCCGGAGAAAAUUCCAACUCCCAGCAAGACGAGGACGACGAUGAGGAGGGGGAGGAGGAGGAGAAGGGCGAGUCGUCGGAGCAGAAGACAAAAUCUGACGGGCAGGCAGAGCAAAAAGUACGUCUAGAAGACGUUCAAGAGCAAAAAGUGGCACUGCGGCCUGUCGAGUCCCAAACGGCGAUUGUGGAACAAGUCAGCGAUGACGACGAGGAUGGGUCCCGGCCCGCGGACGGGGCGUCGUUCCAGGAGGUUGAGCUGUAG